AACAGCGGGUCCGUUUUUUCAGCGCCCCGGCCCGGGAUAGAGUCUGUAGGCUUAGCCCUUCCGUUUCUCCGUCUCGGUUCCUGGAACUGCGUAUCAGAACCCCGCAGACAUGUCGGGGUUCAGCCCGGAGCUCAUCGACUAUCUGGAAGGGAAGAUCUCUUUUGAGGAAUUUGAAAGGCGGAGAGAAGAGAGAAAAACCCGCGAAAAGAAAAGUCUUCAGGAAAAAGGAAAGUCAUCAGUUGAAGAAAAUCCAAAUGACUCUGAAGUUCCAUCAUCAUCUGGAAUUGACUUUACCAAAUCUCAGGACAAAGAUGUCAAUGAAGGAGAAACGUCAGAUGGAGUAAGUAAGUCAGUUCACAAGGUCUUUGCCUCCAUGCUUGGAGAGAAUGAAGAUGAUGAGGAGGAAGAGGAAGAAGAAGAGGAGGAGGAGGAAGAAGAAACACCUGAGCAACCCACUGCAGGCGAUGUGUUUGUACUGGAGAUGGUUCUCAAUCGUGAAACCAAGAAAAUGAUGAAAGAGAAGAGGCCUCGGAGUAAACUUCCCAGAGCUCUGAGAGGUCUCAUGGGUGAAGCCAACAUUCGCUUUGCUCGAGGAGAACGAGAAGAGGCGAUAUUGAUGUGCAUGGAAAUCAUAAGACAAGCUCCUUUGGCUUAUGAGCCAUUCUCUACUCUUGCAAUGAUAUAUGAGGACCAGGGUGACAUGGAGAAAUCACUGCAGUUUGAGUUGAUUGCUGCACAUUUAAAUCCCAGUGAUACUGAAGAGUGGGUUAGAUUGGCAGAAAUGUCCCUGGAACAAGACAAUAUUAAGCAGGCUAUUUUUUGCUACACAAAAGCACUCAAAUAUGAACCUACUAAUGUUCGUUAUCUGUGGGAGCGAUCAAGCCUUUAUGAACAAAUGGGAGAUCACAAAAUGGCAAUGGAUGGUUAUAGGCGUAUUUUAAACCUUUUGGCUCCGUCUGAUGGAGACCGGUUUAUGCAGUUGGCUAGAGAUAUGGCAAAGAGUUACUAUGAAGCCAGUGAUGUUAUUUCAGCUAUUAAUGUAAUUGAAGAAGCUUUCUCAAAGCACCCGGGCCUAGUCUCUAUGGAAGAUGUUAACAUUGCAGGAGAACUGUACAUUUCUAACAAACAAUAUGACAAAGCUUUGGAGGUAAUUGCAGAUUUUUCUGGAAUUGUGCUUGAAAAAAGAUCUACAGAAGAAGGCACAGAAGAGAAUACAGGUUGUAGUUUCCUCCGCAUAGGAAAGGCUGAUGAUAAUGUUACCUGUAUUGUACCUGAUGGCGUGCCAAUAGAUAUCACAGUGAAGCUGAUGGUCUGCCUUGUACAUCUCAACAUUCUUGAACCACUUAAUCCUCUCUUGACAACACUAGUGGAACAGAAUCCUGAAGACAUGGGAGACCUCUAUCUAGAUGUUGCUGAAGCUUUUCUGGAUGUUGGUGAAUAUAAUUCUGCACUUCCCCUCCUUAGUGCACUAGUCUGCUCUGAAAGAUACAACCUGGCAGUGGUUUGGCUUCGGCAUGCAGAAUGCUUAAAGGCCUUAGGCUACAUGGAGCGUGCUGCCGAAAGCUAUGGCAAAGUGGUUGAUCUGGCCCCCCUCCAUUUGGAUGCAAGAAUUUCUCUUUCCACCCUUCAGCAGCAGUUGGGUCGUCCUGAGAAAGCGCUGGAAGCUCUGGAACCAAUGUAUGAUCCAGAUACUUUAGCACAAGAUGCAAAUGCAGCACAGCAGGAACUGAAGUUACUGCUUCAUCGUUCUACUCUCUUGUUUUCACAAGGCAAAAUGUAUGGUUAUGUGGAUACCUUACUUACCAUGUUAGCCAUGCUUUUAAAGGUAGCGAUGAAUAGAGCUCAAGUCUGUUUGAUAUCCAGUUCCAAAUCUGGAGAGAGGCAUCUUUACCUUAUUAAAGUGUCAAGAGACAAAAUAUCAGACAGCAAUGACCAAGAGACAGCAAAUUGUGAUGCAAAAGCCAUAUUUGCUGUACUCACAAGUGUCUUGCCAAAAGAUGACUGGUGGAACCUUCUGUUGAAGGCCAUAUACUCCUUAUGUGACCUAUCGCGGUUUCAGGAGGCCGAGUUACUUGUGGAUUCUUCAUUGGAAUAUUAUUCAUUUUAUGAGGACAGGCAAAAACGCAAAGAGCUAGAAUACUUUGGUCUCUCUGCUGCAAUUCUGGACAAAAAUUUUGGAAAGGCAUACAACUAUAUCAGGUUAAUGGUAAUGGAACAUGUCAAUAAACCCCAGCUCUGGAACAUUUUCAAUCAAAUUACCAUGCACUCCCAAGAUGUACGACAUCAUCGCUUUUGUCUCCGUUUAAUGCUCAAAAACCCAGACAGUCAUGCCCUGUGUGUCUUAAAUGGACACAAUGCAUUUGUAUCUGGUAGUUUUAAGCAUGCACUUGGACAGUACGUGCAAGCCUUUCGCACCUAUCCCCAUGAACCUCUCUAUAGCCUCUGUAUAGGCCUAACCUUUAUUCACAUGGCAUCUCAGAAGUAUGUAUUAAGGAGACAUGCUCUUGUUGUGCAGGGCUUUUCCUUUCUUAACCGAUACCUCAGUAUACGUGGGCCUUGCCAGGAAUCAUUCUACAAUUUGGGCCGUGGCCUUCACCAGCUGGGGCUGGUUCAUCUUGCAAUCCACUAUUAUCAGAAGGCCUUGGAGCUCCCUCCACUUGAAAUAGAGGGUAUAGAAGUUGACCAGUUAGACUUACGAAGAGAUAUUGCCUACAACUUGUCUCUCAUAUAUCAAAGCAGUGGGAAUAUUGGAAUGGCUCAAAAGCUUUUGUAUACUUAUUGUUCUAUAUGAAAAUUCUUAGCUGGGCUGCUGCUGUGCAUGGACCAGUAUUUUCUGUCUUGGAGCUUAUUAAGCCCAAAAUGGAAAUGAUAAUUUUGGAAUUAUAAGCUCUGUAUUUCAUUUUUAAUAUAUGAUAAUAUUUUGGUAAAUAUGCAAAAUUACAUUCCUGUAAUAACUUUUAUAUUGUUCUGUCAUUUUCCCUUACCAUUUUUUGGUAAGUUGUCCCCCAGUCUGAAAUGGACAGUACUAGUCAUUGAACUAGCAUGGAGUUGAAUACUCUAAUUUUUUUUCACACCAUUUUAUUCAUCUGUGUAUUUAAUGCGACAUAUUAAGCACAUUCUGUGUGCCAGUCACCUUGAUAGGUAUUUGGGAUAUGGUAGUAAGACAGAUGUUACCUCUUAAUACAAUUCUUUAAAUACAGACCUUGAGCAUUUAUUAAUUUGAAAGAAAUAUUUGCUACAUUUUUAUUUACAUCAUUGGUGUUGAUCAUCCUUUUUUUUUUUAACAUUUUUAUUAAAGCAUGGUUGAUUUACAGUGUUGUGCCAAUUUCUGCUCUACAGCAAAGUGACCCAGUCAUACAUAUACAUUCCUUUUUUGCAUUAUCUUCCAUCAUAGUCUGUCCCAAGAGACUGGAUAUAGUUCUCCAUGGUAUACAGUGAUCAUCCAUUUCUUUGCGCCCUGUAACUGUCACUGUCGUAGUUUUUCAAAUACGUAGAAAAGGAGGUUACGAGGUAAAGAAAAGACGAAUUGGGACUCUUUCUCAUGUCAGCACAAUUAGGUAAUUAAUUCACUUAACUCCUUGCAGAAUUACUUUAAAUGGUUAUAUGGUGGGAAGACAAGUAAUUGAGUUAAUCUUGCUUUUCAACUGCGUGUAUCUUAGCUGUAUAGACUGACACCUAGGAGGCUUGGGUCAGGGAUCAACACACUGCUCUGAGGCAUAUAGAAAAAUUGCAUUAUCAGUGUUUAGCUUUCUGACCAGAAAAAAUAGCAAAGAGGACUAUGUUCAGUAACAUGACCUGGUUUCCGUUUGAAGAUCAUGAGGAAUGUACGAAGACUGGGAAAUUGUAUAUAUGGAUUAAAGCGUUGCUGAUAAAGUAGAAACAGAUUAAACCUUUUACUUAUCUCAAACAUUGUAUAUUCUUGAAUCCAAGAUAACAGUACUUGUUAGAUAUUCUGUUGGUUAACAAGAGCUUUUUAUAGUUUCUUUUUAGGGGAAAAUGCUGUAAUAAAUGUGCAUGUGGAUUAUAAAACCCAGUCUAAUUGGAAGAAAAUAAGUAUGAGACUUAGGAUCAUAGACGUACAGUGGGGGCUUCUUAGGAAUUUCUUUUUUUUUCUUUUUAGGGCUGCACCACAGCAUGUGGAGGUUCCCAGGCUAGGGGUUGAAUCGGCAGCUGCUGGCCUACACCACAGCCACAGCAAGGCCAGGUCAUAGCCACGUCUGCGACCUACACCACAGCUCAUGGCAGCGUUGGAUCCUUAACGCACUAGGUGAGGCCAGGGAUUGAAUCCGAAUCCUCAUGGAUACUAAUCAGGUCUGUUACCACUCAGCCAUGACGGGAGCUCCUUUUUAGGAAUUCUUAACCCCAGUUUACACUGCAGUGCAUAACUUUGUAGUAGAGAAACAAUUUGUAUGUAAUAAGUAAAUGUAUGGUAUACUGUGUAUUGUGUAUUUAUAGAAUUUAAAUAAAUAUUUUUGUGAUUAAAGUU